CAUCAACCAAUUUCUUUUUUAAGAAAUAAUUUGAAGGGUUCAUAGAAACCCACCAAGGCCCUAAUAAAAACAAAAAUUUUGCAGCUACUCUGCAGUCUGCAGUCUGCACAAGAAAGAGAGAAACUGAGAGAGAGAGGCCUCCAUACUUGUUUGUUAUUAUUCUCUUUUCUUCCUUCUCGAAUCCAAAUCAUGAGCAACGAAGAAAUAGCCCAUGAUUUCUCUCCCAUCAUUAAAGUCUAUAAAGAUGGUCGAGUUGAGAGACUCCUAGGCACAUCAACAGUUCCUCCAUCAACACAUCCAGAAAAUGGCGUCCAAUCAAAAGACGUUGUGAUCUCACAAGAACCAGCCAUAUCUGCAAGGCUUUACAUCCCAAAAUCCGCCGCCACAAGCUCACCCCAAACCAAACUCCCUCUUCUCGUUUACUUUCAUGGAGGCGGCUUCUGCAUUGAAAGCUCAUCUUCUCCCACAUAUCACAACUACCUCAACACCUUAGUCUCUGAGGCCAAUGUUGUUGCCGUCUCCGUUGACUACAGGCUUGCCCCGGAAAACCCUAUGCCGGCUGCUUAUGAUGAUUCAUGGGCUGCUCUCAAAUGGGUUGCUUCCCAUUUUGAUGGAAACGGAUCUGAAGAUUGGCUAAACAGAUUUGCAGAUUUACGCGGUGUGUUUUUCGGCGGUGAUAGUGCUGGAGCUAAUAUAGCCCACAACAUGGCUUUGAAAUUGGGGUGCGAGGGAUUGGUUGGUGUUAAGCUUAUUGGGAUUGUAUUGAUACAUCCUUACUUUUGGGGCACAGAGCCAGUUGGGGAAGAGUUAACUACCCCUGCAGCUAAAAGAGAGUAUAUAGCUGCUUUGUGGCGUUUCACUUGCCCUUUGAGUAUCGGAUCUGAUGACCCGCUUUUCAACCCGGGAAAGGAUCCGAAGUUGGGGGAAUUGGGUUGUGAGAAAGUGCUGGUUUGUGUUGCUGAGAAAGAUGGUUUGAAAGAUAGGGGGUGGCAUUAUAGUGUGGUACUGAAGAAGAGUGGAUGGAAAGGGGUUGUGGAGGUCAUAGAAGCAAAGGGGGAGGAACAUGUGUUCCAUUUGUUCAAUCCCACUUGUGACAAUGCUGUGGCCAUGAAGAAAAAGAUUGCUUCUUUCUUGAAUUAGAGUAAUUUGCCUCAAAAUCUUGGGUGUACUUAAUAAUAUGACCAUACCCUCUAAGCUAGGUUAGUGGUUUUCCAUUGUUGUAAUUUCUAUUGGUUUCUUUUCUUCAUCUGUUUUAUGUCUUGUAUGUUUUAUAUAUGUUUCUUUUCUUCAUCUGUUUUAUGUCUUGUAUGUUUUAUAUAUGCUUCUUUUCUUCA